UAAAUAAUGUGUGCGAUUUUCAAUUAACAUUUCAGUUGGCAUAGAACUCUCCAGCAAAGAUGGAGUUCAAAUUAGCGAUUGCUCUCCUCUGUUUCAUUGCAGUGCAAGUAUCUUCUUCAAAUGUUACAACUGUAUAUGACUUUCCGGAGAAAUUCAAAUUUGGCGUUGCAACGGCUGCUUUCCAAAUAGAAGGAGGAUGGAAUGAGGAUGGCAAAGGUCCAAGUAUCUGGGAUACGGGGGUGCAUGAGCAACCUGACAGGAUUGAUGACCGUACGAAUGGCGACGUUACCAGUGAUUCGUAUCAUCAACUUGAUCGCGAUAUUGAAAUGCUAGUCGAAUUGGGAGUUCAAUUCUAUCGGUUCUCCAUAUCGUGGGCACGGGUUCUGUCAAAUGGAGAUGUUUCGUCCUUGAAUAAGGCUGGGGUUGAUUAUUAUAAUCGCUUGAUUAACAAACUUCUUGAGAAUUCAAUCGAACCCAUGGUCACUAUGUACCAUUACGAUUUACCAGACGAACUACAGAAAAUUGGUGGAAUGACUAAUCCUCAAAUUGUGGAGUAUUUUGAAAACUAUGCGGAUGUCCUGUAUUCAAGUUUCGGUGACAGGGUGAAACUAUGGACAACUUUCAACGAACCGAUUGAGUACUGCAACUUUGGUUAUGCCAAAGGUACAUAUCCUCCAUUUAUCAGUGCUCCUGGGGUUGGUGAAUAUCUAUGCAUCGACCACACUGUUAAAGCUCAUGCAUCUGCAUACCGUCUCUAUAAGAAAAAGUAUGCCAGAAAGCAAAAGGGUAAGGUUGGAAUAGUACUUAGUGGUGCAGCGUCAUUCUCCAGGACCAACGAUACCGCAUUAAUAGAGAGAGCGUUACAAUAUCGGUUUGGUUGGAUUGCGCAUCCCAUUUAUAGCAAAUCAGGAGGUUAUCCUGAUGUGAUGGUUAAAGAAGUGGGUGAAAAUAGCCGAGCAGAAGGACGCGCUUGGUCUCGUCUCCCAAAUAUGGACAGAAGUUGGAAGCAAUUCAUCAGGGGAGCUGCCGACUUCUUCGGUCUCAACUAUUAUACCACUAGAUAUAUUGAAUUGGCUGAAAAAGUUGCUGACCAACCACCUUCAUGGGAAAAUGAUGUCGGGAUAAAGGAAUCCGUUGAUCCUUCUUGGAAGAAGGCGAAGUCAGAUUGGUUGUAUAGUAGCCCCGGCGGAUUGCUCAAAACAUUACAAUGGUUGAAAAAAGAAUAUAACAAUGUGGAAGUGUAUAUUGCUGAAAACGGAUGGUCUGAUGGCGGUCAACUUGAUGACGAUGAUCGUAUUGAAUACUUACAGGACCAUUUACGAGAAGUCUCGCAAGCAAUCAAGGACGGAUGCAAUGUUUCUGGUUACGCCCACUGGAGUUUAAUGGAUAACUUUGAAUGGCUCCGGGGAUAUACGGAAAGAUUUGGUCUUUACUAUGUCAACAUAACAACUCCCGAGAGGACCAGAACAGCAAAGAAAUCGGUUGCCGCUUAUCGAGAUAUUAUUUCAUCAAGACAAGUUUAAUCAAUUAAACAACCAAAUCGUCCCAAUAUUUCUUUGCUGAAUAUGAGAUGA